UGUAUGUGGUGUGUGUGUGUUGUGCGCCUGUGUGUGCGCGCUCUUGUGUGUAUGUCUUGUGCGUGUAUGUGUGUGUUUGAGCGCUCAUGUAACGUUUGGAUAUGUGUGUGCGCGCUCUUGUGUGUUUCGAGCGCUAUGCGUGGAAUGGUCUCGCGGCAGCACCGUCACUUUAGUCGGGCAUGGAGCGCGUGUACACCGGAUCUAUGCGUGUCUCUCGGUUUAAUUUGCGUUCAUGAUUCUGGAUAAAAGGAAAUAUCAAGAAAAAACCAGUGAGACACGGAGACAGCGCGCAUCCUCAUUCUCAUCCUCAUCAUCUCUGUUACUGUAUCCGCGCGCGCUCAGUUCUCUCUCUCUCAGCUCGUGCUCGUGCUCGUACUUGGAUUAAUUCGGUUUGGUUUGAUUCGGUGUCGGUAUGAAUAUGUGUGUGUGAUGUAAUUCCGCGGCUCUGACGUCAUGUUCGUAUCUGUUUGGUACGCUAAAAAGAUGGGACGAAGAUUCAUCAGCAACGUGCGCAAAGCCAAGAGACACAGACAGCGAAUAAUGAUGAAUGGUAUGGAUGGAGAUGUUGAAUAUGAGGAAAUCACCUUGGAGAGGGGUAGCUCUGGUCUGGGCUUUAGUAUAGCUGGUGGGACUGAUAACCCUCAUGUUGGGGAUGAUCCCAGUAUCUUCAUCACUAAGAUCAUACCAGGAGGAGCAGCAGCCCAGGAUGGGCGAUUGCGAGUCACCGACCGCAUUCUGUUUGUAAAUGAUGUCGACGUAAGAGAAGUCACUCACAGUUUUGCGGUGGACGCCCUGAAGGAGGCGGGGCCUAUUGUACGACUCUACGUACUACGACACAAACCGUCUGUUGAAAAAAUCAUGGAUAUUAAACUCAUCAAAGGCCCUAAAGGUUUGGGCUUCAGUAUUGCAGGUGGAGUGGGUAACCAACACGUCCCGGGAGAUAACACCAUCUAUGUCACAAAGAUUAUCGAAGGCGGAGCUGCACAUAAAGAUGGACGAUUGCAAAUAGGGGAUAAAAUUCUUGCUGUGAAUAAUAUGUAUUUAGAGGACGUAAUGCAUGAAGAUGCUGUCGCUGCUCUGAAAAACACCGGAGAGAUUGUUUAUCUGAGAGUCGCCAAACCUCUCCAGCAUCAUCAGGAUGCCUACAAUCCACCCGAUAUCACCAGCUCAUAUUCACCUCAUAUGGAUAUGUGUGAUUACCCACAAGGCCUCAGUCCCUCAUCUCCACGGCGUUACUCUCCCAUCUCUAGAGCUCUGAUGAUGGGGGAUGACGACAUCCCCAGGGAACCGAGGCGCGUGAUCAUUCUCAGGGGUUCCACCGGUCUGGGCUUCAAUAUUGUGGGAGGUGAGGAUGGUGAGGGAAUCUUCAUCUCCUUCAUUUUAACUGGAGGAGCAGCAGAUCUGAGUGGAGAGCUGAAGAAAGGAGAUCAGAUCCUGAGCGUGAAUGGUGUGGAUUUACGACAUGCGACACAUGAGCAGGCUGCAGCAGCGCUGAAGAACGCAGGCCAGACUGUCACCAUCAUCGCACAGUACAGACCUGAGGAGUACAGCAGAUUUGAGGCAAAGAUUCAUGAUCUGCGUGAGCAGCUGAUGAACAGCAGUUUGGUGUCUGCGGCCACAUCAUUACGGGGCGGCAAGAGAAGUUUUUUCAUUAGGGCUCUGUUUGACUAUGAUAAAACCGCAGACUGUGGAUUCCUGUCUCAGGCUUUGAGCUUCAGGUUUGGUGAUGUUCUUCAGGUGUUUGACUGCAGUGAGGAGGAGUGGUGGCAGGCAGGAAAACUCUCUUCACAUGGAGAACUGGAGGAGACCGGAUACAUUCCCAGCAAAAAAAGAGUCGAAAGAAAAGAGUGGGCACGUCUGAAGAGUAGAGACCCCAACAGUGGACGCAGUGAAUACAUUGUGAGCUAUGAGGCAGUGACACAAACUGAAGUGCAUUACGCGCGUCCAGUCAUUAUUCUUGGGCCGAGCAAGGAUCGCAUCAAUGACGAUCUUCUCUCUGAAUUUCCCGACAAGUUUGGUUCUUGUGUACCGCAUACGACUCGGCCGAAGCGGGACUAUGAGGUGGAUAGUCGGGACUAUCACUUUGUGUUAUCACGUGAACAGAUGGAGAAAGACAUUCAAAGUCAUCGAUUCAUAGAGGCUGGCCAAUAUAACAGCCAUCUGUAUGGAACAAGUGUUCAAAGUGUGAGACAGGUCGCAGAACAGCAUGGGAAACAUUGUAUCCUGGAUGUUUCUGCUAAUGCUGUGAGACGCUUACAAGCUGCCCAACUUCACCCUAUUGCCAUCUUCAUAAGACCCUCCUCCCUACAGAACAUACUAGAUAUAAACAAGCGUCUGACAGAAGAGCAGGCACGGCGAGCUUUAGAUCGAGCUGUUAAACUGGAGCAAGACUUCAUCGAGUGCUUUACAGCAAUUGUGGAAGGUGACAGCUUUGAAGAGGUUUACCAUCGUGUAAAGAUGGUGAUUGAGGAAUAUUCUGGGCCGUAUAUCUGGAUACCAGCAAGAGAGAGACUGUAAACACACAAACACACACAUACAAAGACCUCUAUCAGGUGCACAGGACUUGUUGUGUGUUGUUUUGUAUGUUUGUGUGUAAAGGCUAAAACACCUGGGACCUGAUCAACAAACACCAACACACUGACUGUUUGGAGCUGUGUGUGUGUUUGUGUGUGUGUGUGUGUGUGUGUGUGUGUGUGUGUGUGUGUGUGUGUGUGUGUGUGUGUGUGUGUGUUGUUUGUUUGUUUUGUUUGUGUAAAAACAUCAGUGGUGACACAUGAACUGAUGAUGAUGAUGGGGGGUUAUGUGGAUUGUUUCCAUGGCGAUUGUGAGCUCAGAGAGUGCAGCACAAUGUCUGAGGCAAUAUAGAUCUGACACAUGAGCACUACGCACUUUUCCAACACACACUCACACUGAACACACACACACACACACACUGUGUCCUCACUACAGCUGACUCUGCGUCACACUUUAAAAGGUAUUAUUUCCAUGUUAAUCAGAGUUGUUGUCCUAACCAGCUGUGACGUGAUGUCAUGACGAGUUAUUUCUACAAAGUUGCGUCUGACAGCCCCGCCUACACAGAGAUCUUAUUCAAUGACUUGUUCUGAUUGGCUGUGUAUUGUGAUUGAUUGGGUUGUGGCACGGCCCUUUUUUGCGUUCAGUAUGGACAGAUAAAUUGCCUAUUGAUCGCUGAAAUAAUAUUGCGUCGUAUGUAGUUAGGACACAAUGUAUCCGACACACACACACAAACAAACAAACAACACUGAGACGCACUGUGACGUGUGCUUGUGUGUCUCAUUGUGACAUAUCUCUAUAGGGCUACUGUUUACAUAUAAAACUCUUUAAUCUGCACAGGGAGAGAGACGUGCGUGCAUGCGUGUGUGUGUGUGUGUGUGUGUGUGUGUGUGUGUGUGUGUGUGUGUGUGUGUGUGUGAGAGAGAGAGAGAGAGUUCUAGUGUUAAAUAUGAAUAAUAUUAUUGUAUAUUAAUAAUCUACAGUUGUACAGACCACCUCCAAUGAUAUGAACCAAUGGGGCUUUAAACACAUGAACACACAUGAUCAUUCCUCUCAGCCAAAUUUACCCACAAACCUCAGUCUUAUUCUUGCCAUUACACAACAAAUGACACACACAGACACACGCACACACAGACAAACACAGACACACAGUCAUUAAUACUCACGAUUCAACACUUACUCUACCCAUAAUGCACUGCUCUUAAUACAUUCAACCAAAGGGUUUUUUCAGCAUUCUGUUUUCAUUCAGUUUCUUGAAUCAUGUUUUACACUUUUACAGAUUCAUUUCAAACAUUUCUCCUGCAAGGGCACAGGCGCUCUGUAUAAUGUGAAAUAAAUAAAUGAAUGAAUACAUACAAUAUAUUUCCUGUUGUAAACUAGCUCUAAAAUACUCAGAUGAUUAAUUCAUUAAAAUCUUUUAAUAACUCCUCA